UAUCUAUCGAGUAGAAAGGCAAGUAAUGCGUUUGUAUAUAUACACAUAUAUAUCAACAUCGAUGUGAACCCCCUCCCCAAGUACGAAUGACCUUUUUGGGUAAUCGAUUCUCGUCAUCUUCCCUUGAUUCCGCACCAGAAAGAGGUGCAACUUGCGUGCAAACAUGGGCGUCAACGAAUGGAUACACAACGCCAACAUGGCGGUCGCCCGGUCGUUCGUCGGCAAGCGCUUUCGACUCGACGGGUCAGGGCAUCGUCGGGAACGAAAGGGGACCUAUUUCUUCACCGAGAUUCGAGCCGGGUUGGCCACCUUUUUCGCGAUGGCCUACAUCAUCAGCGUCAACUCGAGCAUUGUCUCUCAGUCCGGCGGGACUUGCGUUUGUCCGCCCGACAGUCCCGACCUGUGUGAUAGCGACCCGGAGUACAUGAUUUGUGUGGCUGGAGUCCAACGAGAUUUGGUCACCGCCACGGCUGCGAUCUCCGCCUUGACCACGUUCUGCAUGGGUCUCUUUGCAAACAUGCCCAUUGCCCUGGCCCCGGGGAUGGGGUUGAAUGCCUAUUUCGCGUACACCGUUGUCGGUUACCACGGAUCAGGUCUCGUCCCGUACCAGGUGGCGGUCACGGCCGUGUUCGUCGAAGGUUUCGUCUUUGUCGGCUUGACGGUCCUCGGUCUUCGUCAAUGGCUCGCUCGAGCGAUCCCCGCGUCCAUCAAACUCGCCACGGGUGUCGGCAUCGGGUUGUACCUGACCCUGAUCGGAUUGACCUACAGCGCCGGCAUCGGUGCCGUCGUGGGCGCCCAAUCGACCCCUCUCGAACUGGCCGGUUGCAAGCCCGAAUUCCGGGACGACAUGGGCCUGUGCCCUUCGUCGGAGAAGAUGCGCAACCCGACCAUGUGGAUCGGCAUCUUUUGCGGCGGCAUCCUGACGGUCAUGCUGAUGAUGUUCCGCGUCAAGGGUGCCAUCAUCUUUGGGAUCUUGUUGGUCAGCAUCAUCUCCUGGCCCAGGGGUACCCCGGUCACGUAUUUCCCGUACACGGAACUGGGUGAUAGCAUGUUUGAUUUUUUCAAAAAGGUCGUCACCUUCCAUCCCAUCGAAAAAAUCUUGACGGUACAAGAGUGGAAUAUUUCAGGGUACGGAGGACAAUUCGGCCUGGCUUUCAUCACGUUCCUCUAUGUCGACAUCCUGGAUUGUACCGGUACCUUGUACUCCAUGGCUCGUUUCGCCGGUGCCAUUGACGAAAAGACUCAAGAUUUCGAAGGGUCAGCCGUGGCGUAUUUGGUCGACGCUUUCGGUAUUUCUAUCGGUGCACUUCUUGGAACGCCACCUGUGACUGCAUAUAUCGAAAGUGGUGCAGGUAUCUCCGAAGGUGGUGGUACAGGUCUCACAGCCAUCACUACGGGCUUAUGUUUCUUCAUUUCCAUCUUUUUCGCCCCAAUCUUUGCAUCCAUUCCUCCCUAUGCUACUGGAUGUGUUCUCAUAAUUGUUGGAUCUCUGAUGGCCAAAGCAGCCAAAGACAUCAACUGGCGAUACAUUGGUGACGCCGUUCCGGCAUUUCUGACCAUCGCCAUCAUGCCAUUCACCUACAGUAUCGCGUACGGCUUGAUCGCGGGCAUCAUAAGUUACAUCGUUCUCAACACGUUUGUUUGGAUCAUCGAAAAGAUUUCCGGCGGUCGCAUCAGACCCGCGGACAAGGAGUACAAAGACCCUUGGACCUACAAGAUCGAAGGAGGCAUCUUGCCACCUUGGCUCACCCGUGCGGCCAAGGGUAAAAAGGAUUUCUGGAGACCAUAUGAGGACGUCGAACACAACACGAGUGACGGGCACUUGGGAAGUGGUGUUGGUGGUGGUGGCGCUCCUGGCAUGACUCUGGAAGGAAAGGAUGGUGCGGCUACUGAAGUCAUGGCUGGAUCUGGUGCGGCAGCCGAGAGGGGUGGGUUUGGCAAGACUGGUGAUGUGAGAGGUAGUAGUACUAGUGGGAGUGAAGAGGGUGAAAAGGUCAAGGUUUAAACAGUUGGGCCUUGUUGGGACUUGACCUGGAUUUGACAUCACAGCGUUCGAUCAAUAAGCAGCUAUUUACUCUUGACCACCUGUACGUACACAUGUACAAAUGUAAUAACUCGUC